UUCGAGCACGUCAGCAUGCUGGUCAUCAUGCUCAACUGCGUGACCCUGGGCAUGUUCCGCCCCUGCGAGGACGUCGAGUGCCGCUCGGAGCGCUGCAGCAUCCUGGAGGCGUUUGACGACUUCAUCUUCGCCUUCUUCGCGGUGGAGAUGGUCAUCAAGAUGAUCGCCCUCGGGCUGUUCGGGCAGAAGUGCUACCUGGGCGACACGUGGAACAGGCUGGACUUCUUCAUCGUCAUGGCGGGCAUGAUGGAGUACUCUCUGGAUGGACACAACGUGAGCCUCUCGGCCAUCCGGACAGUGCGUGUGCUGCGGCCCCUCCGUGCCAUCAACCGUGUGCCCAGCAUGAGGAUCCUGGUCACGCUGCUGCUGGACACGCUGCCCAUGCUCGGGAACGUCCUCCUGCUCUGCUUCUUUGUCUUCUUCAUCUUCGGCAUCGUGGGUGUCCAGCUUUGGGCUGGACUGCUGCGCAACCGCUGCUUCCUGGACAGCACCUUCGCCAGGAACAGCAACCUCAGCUUCCUGCGGCCAUACUACCAGCCGGAGGAGGGUGAGGAAAACCCCUUCAUCUGCUCCUCUCGCCGGGACAAUGGCAUGCAGAAGUGCUCGCACAUCCCCAGCCGCCGCGAGCUGCGCGUGGAGUGCACGCUGGGCUGGGAGGCCUAUGGGCAGCCACAGGCCGAGGGCGCAGGUGGCACGGGCCACCACACCUGCAUCAACUGGAACCAGUACUACAAUGUGUGCCGCUCAGGCGACUCCAACCCACACAACGGGGCCAUCAGCUUCGACAACAUCGGCUAUGCCUGGAUCGCCAUCUUCCAGGUGAUCACGCUGGAGGGCUGGGUGGACAUCAUGUACUACGUCAUGGACGCUCAUUCCUUCUACAACUUCAUCUACUUCAUCCUGCUCAUCAUUGUGGGUUCCUUCUUCAUGAUCAACCUGUGCCUAGUGGUGAUCGCCACGCAGUUCUCGGAGACGAAGCAGCGGGAGAGCCAGCUGAUGCGGGAGCAGCGGGCCCGCUACCUGUCCAACGACAGCACGCUGGCCAGCUUCUCAGAGCCUGGCAGCUGCUAUGAGGAGCUCCUCCGGUACGUGGGCCAUGUGUGCCGCAAGCUGAAGCGCCGUGGCCUCCGCCUCUAUGCCCGCUGGCAGAGCCGCUGGCGCAAGAAGGUGGACCCCAGCGGCGUGCCGCACGGCCAGGGCGCUGGGUGGCGGCCACGGCGGGCGGGAGGGCGCGCCACCUCCAUCCACCAUCUUGUGUACCACCACCACCACCACCACCACCACCACUACCACUUCAGCCAUGGCAGCCCACGCCGGCCAGGCCCCGAGCCAGGCGGCAGUGACACCAGGCUGGUGCGGGCCGGAGCACCUCCCUCGCCCGGACAUGGGCCCCCUGACGCUGAGUCAGUGCACAGCGUGUACCAUGCAGACUGCCACGUGGAGGGGCCACAGGAGAGGGCCCGGGCGGCACAUGCUGUGGCCACCGCCGCCGCCGGCCUCAAGCUGGCCACUGGGCUGGGCGCCAUGAACUACCCCACCAUCCUGCCCUCGGCCGCAGGCAGUGGCAAAGGUGGCCCCGGGCCCAAGGGGAAGCGUCCUGGUGGACCCCUGGGAGCCGGGGGGCACAGCCCACUGAGCCUGAGCAGCCCCGACCCCUGCGAGAAGAUCCAGCAUCUGGUCGGGGAGCACGGACUGGGCCAGGCCCCCAGCCGUCUGUCAGGCCUGAGCGUGCCCUGCCCCCUGCCCAGCCCCCAGGCGGGCACGCUGACCUGUGAGCUGAGUAGCUGCCCGUACUGCACCAGCGCCCUGGAGGACCCCGAGCUGGAGUUCAGCAACUCAGACAGCGGAGACUCGGACAGCAACGGGGUCUACGAAUUCACACGGGAUGUGCGGCAUGGAGACCGCCGUGACCCCAUGCAGCCACCCCCAGCGGCGGACACGCCAGACUCAGGAGGAACGCGGCGGAGGGCACAGCGUCGGGCGGUGGCAGGCGAGCAGGGAGGGCUGGGCCGUGUCUGGGCCUCCUUUAGCGGCAAGCUGUGCCGCAUCGUGGACAGCAAGUACUUCAACCGUGGCAUCAUGGUAGCCAUCCUCACCAACACGCUGAGCAUGGGCAUCGAGUACCAUGAGCAGCCUGACGAGCUGACCAACGCCCUGGAGAUCAGCAACAUCGUGUUCACGAGCAUGUUUGCCCUGGAGAUGCUGCUGAAGCUGCUGGCCUUUGGUCCGCUGGGCUACAUCCGGAAUCCCUACAACAUCUUCGAUGGCAUCAUCGUGGUCAUCAGCGUGUGGGAGAUCAUCGGGCAGGCAGACGGCGGGCUGUCGGUGCUGCGGACCUUCCGGCUGCUGCGGGUGCUCAAGCUGGUGCGCUUCAUGCCCGCGCUGCGGCGCCAGCUGGUGGUGCUCAUGAAGACCAUGGAUAACGUGGCCACUUUCUGCAUGCUGCUCAUGCUGUUCAUCUUCAUCUUCAGCAUCCUCGGAAUGCACCUGUUUGGCUGCAAAUUCAGCCUGAAAACAGACACUGGAGACACGGUCCCUGACAGGAAGAACUUUGACUCCCUGCUGUGGGCCAUCGUCACCGUGUUCCAGAUCCUCACCCAGGAGGACUGGAACGUUGUCCUCUACAACGGCAUGGCCUCCACCUCCUCCUGGGCUGCCCUCUACUUCGUGGCCCUCAUGACCUUUGGCAACUACGUGCUCUUCAACCUGCUGGUGGCCAUCCUUGUGGAGGGCUUCCAGGCGGAGGGUGAUGCCACCAGGUCUGACACAGAUGAAGACAAGACCUCCACCCACUUGGAGGAGGACUUGGACAAGUUCAGAGACCUCAGGGCCACAGAGAUGAAGAUGUACUCGCUGGCGGUGACCCCCAACGGGCACUUGGAGGGCCAGGCCAGCCUACCCCCUCCCCUCAUCAUGCGCACGGCAGCCACACCCAUGCCCACCCCCAAGAGCUCCCCACACCUGGAUGCGGCCCCUGGCCUCCUGGACUCACGACGUGGCAGCAGCAGCUCCGUGGACCCCCAGCUGGGGGACCAGAAGUCUCUGUCCAGCCUCCGCAGCUCGCCCUGCACCCACUGGGGCCCCAACAGCGCCUGGAGCAGCCGGCGCUCCAGCUGGAACAGCCUGGGCCGCGCACCUAGCCUCAAGCGCAGGAGCCAGUGCGGGGAGCGUGAGUCGCUGCUGUCCGGCGAGGGCAAGGGCAGCGGCAGCACAGACGAGGAGGCCGAGGACAGCAGGCCUGGUGUGGGAGCCUCGCCAGACACACGUGCCACACUGCUGCGGCGCACCGAGUCCCUGGACCACCGCAGCACGCUUGACCUGCGGCCCCUGCGGCCGGCUGCCCUGCUGCCCACCAAGCUCCACGACUGCAACAGGCUGGCCCUGCCCAGCGAGUUAUUUCUGCGCAUCGACAGCCACAAGGAGGACACGGCCGAGUUUGACGAUGAUGUGGAGGAUAGCUGCUGCUCCCGGCUGCAGAAAGUGCUGGAGCCCUACAAGCCCGAGUGCUGUCGGAGCCGCGAGCCCUGGGCCCUGUACCUCUUCUCCCCACAGAACAGGCUCCGCAUCUCCUGCCAGAAGAUCAUUGCUCACAAGAUGUUUGAUCACGUCGUCCUGGUCUUCAUCUUCCUCAACUGCAUCACGAUCGCCCUGGAGAGGCCCGACAUUGACCCCGGCAGCACCGAGCGCGUCUUCCUCAGCAUCUCCAACUACAUCUUCACGGCGAUCUUCGUGGCUGAGAUGAUGGUGAAGGUGGUGGCCCUGGGCCUGGUCUCUGGUGAGCAUGCCUACCUGCAGAGCAGCUGGAACAUACUGGAUGGGCUGCUGGUCCUGGUGUCCCUGGUUGACAUCAUCGUGGCCAUGGCGUCGGCCGGUGGUGCCAAGAUCCUGGGCAUCCUGCGUGUGCUGCGCCUGCUGCGGACACUGCGGCCCCUGCGGGUUAUCAGCCGUGCCCCAGGCCUCAAACUGGUGGUGGAGACUCUGAUAUCGUCACUCAGGCCCAUCGGAAACAUUGUCCUCAUCUGCUGUGCCUUCUUCAUCAUCUUCGGCAUCCUAGGGGUGCAGCUCUUCAAGGGGAAGUUUUACUACUGCGAGGGCGCUGACACCAGGAACAUCUCCACUAAAGCCGAGUGCUGGGCUGCGCACUACCGCUGGGUGCGACGCAAGUACAACUUCGACAACCUGGGCCAGGCGCUGAUGUCCCUGUUCGUGCUCUCAUCCAAGGACGGAUGGGUGAACAUCAUGUACGACGGGCUGGACGCCGUGGGCAUAGACCAGCAGCCGGUGCCCAACCACAACCCCUGGAUGCUGCUCUACUUCAUCUCCUUCCUGCUCAUCGUCAGCUUCUUUGUGCUCAACAUGUUCGUGGGCGUCGUGGUGGAGAACUUCCACAAGUGCCGGCAGCACCAGGAGGCCGAGGAGGCACGGCGGCGGGAAGAGAAGCGGCAGCGGCGCCUGGAGAGGAAACGCAGGAGCACUUUCCCCAACCCAGAGGCCCAGCGCCGGCCCUACUAUGCGGACUACUCACCCACGCGUCGCUCCAUCCACUCUCUGUGCACCAGCCACUAUCUGGACCUCUUCAUCACCUUCAUCAUCGGCGUCAACGUCAUCACCAUGUCCAUGGAGCACUAUAACCAGCCCAAGUCUCUGGACGAGGCCCUCAAGUACUGCAAUUAUGUGUUCACCAUCGUCUUCGUCUUUGAGGCCCUGCUGAAGCUGGUGGCGUUUGGGUUCCGGAGGUUUUUCAAGGACAGGUGGAACCAGCUGGACCUGGCCAUCGUCCUGCUGUCCAUCAUGGGCAUCACACUGGAGGAGAUAGAGAUGAACGCGGCGCUGCCCAUCAACCCCACCAUCAUCCGCAUCAUGCGCGUGCUGCGCAUCGCCCGCGUGCUGAAGCUGCUCAAGAUGGCCACGGGUAUGCGGGCCCUGCUGGACACAGUGGUUCAGGCGCUGCCCCAGGUAGGGAACCUCGGCCUGCUUUUCAUGCUCCUGUUUUUUAUCUAUGCUGCCCUGGGAGUGGAGCUGUUUGGGAGGCUCGAGUGCAGUGAGGACAACCCCUGCGAGGGCCUGAGUAGACACGCCACCUUCUCCAACUUUGGCAUGGCUUUCCUCACACUGUUCCGCGUGUCCACGGGGGACAACUGGAACGGGAUCAUGAAGGACACGCUGCGGGAGUGUGCCCGUGAGGACAGGCACUGCCUCAGCUACCUGCCGGCCAUCUCGCCCAUCUACUUCGUCACCUUCGUGCUGGUGGCCCAGUUCGUGCUGGUCAACGUGGUGGUGGCCGUGCUCAUGAAGCACCUGGAGGAGAGCAACAAGGAGGCCCGCGAGGAUGCCGAGCUGGACGCGGAGGUCGAGCUGGAGAUGGCGCAGGGGCCCUCCGCCCGCCCCAGGCCCACGGCCCUGCCGAGCCCAGGUGCCUCGCCGGACGCCCCCAACCUGCUGGUCGUGCGCAAGGUGUCUGUGUCCAGGAUGCUCUCACUGCCAAACGACAGCUACAUGUUCCGGCCCGUGGCACCCGCUGCGGCCGCUCAUCCCCACCCGCUGCAGGAGGUGGAGAUGGAGACCUACGCGGGCGCCUCGGGCACCUCGGGUACAGCCCCAUGUGGAGACAGCCAGGACCUGGGCGGGCGGGGCCGGCCAGGGCCGGCAGGGGCAGGGGUGGGGCCAGCGGCGAAUGCACAUUUCAGGCACCUUCUUGCCCCAGGCCCAGUCACCGCCCACUUGCCGCCUGUGGAGUCCUGCCCAUCCCUCCAGGUCCCGUCGGCUAUGUCCUCCCCGGCCAGGGGCGGCGACACCCUCCGUGCCCUGACCCCUCUGGGUGCAGCCCGCUCCCCUAGUCUCAGCCGGCUGCUCUGCACACAGGAGGUAGUCUGCACAGAGUCCCUAGAAGGGCAGGUCGAUGGUCCCAGGGACAGCAGCCCGGGCUGGGGAGAGCCUGGUGGGAAGACCCCAGUGAGGCAGGCGCCCCUGGGGCCCUCCUUGCGAUCCCCACCCUGUUCCCCGCGGCCCACCAGCAUCCGCAUCCGCAAGCACACUUUUGGACAGAACUACAUCUCCAGCCGGCCACCGGUCCUGGGCGCAGAGGAGGCUGAGGCCCCAGACCCGGCUGACGAGGAGGUCAGCCACAUCACCAGCUCUGCCCACAGCCCCUCGGCCUCACCUGCUGCCUGUGGGGUGGUGGGCGGUGAGCCAGACCUGCACAGGCUCUACAGUGUCAAUGCCCAGGGCUUCCUGGACCAGCCAGGCUGGGCGGACGAGCAGAGGCGGCCCUCCGUGGAGCAGGGCUGUGGGGACAGCCGCCCAGAGGCCGGGGAGGUGAAGACCCGGGCCCUGGAGGCCGAGCUGGCCCUGGGGGCACGCAGGAAGAAGAAGAUGAGCCCCCCCUGCAUCUCCAUAGAGCCCCCCGCGGAGGACGAGGGUGCGGCCCGGGCCCCUGCAGCGGAGGGCGGUAGCACCACCCUGCGGCGGAGAACCCCAUCCUGCGAGGCUGUGCCCCACAGGGACCCCCUGGAGCCCACAGACAGUGCAGGGUUGGACACUGCCGCCAAGGGGGAACGGCGGGUCCAGGUCCCCUGCCGCACAGAGCACCUGACCAUCCCGAACUUUGCCUUUGAGCCGCUGGAUGUGGGGGGCCCCAGGGGGGACCUGUUCUUGGAUGGUGGCCGUGGUGUCGCCCCAGAACCCAGACCUUCCUCCUCAGGCAUCACGGCACCUCCCGAACCCCAGCAGACGGAGCCUCCAGUGGCCUCGGGAGACCCCCCAGAGGAAGGGUGGGGGCUGCACCUCACAGUCCCUGAGAGCCCACUGAAGAAGGGGUCCACCCCAGUCCUGGGUGACAGUGUGGACAAGCCCGUGUAGCUCGGGGUGCAGUGCCCACAGGCUUUGGCACUGGGGUUGGGGUGCACCCAGCAGGGUGGUGGCCCAGGCAGAGUUACACGUGGACCCUGGGUCCGGCCCCACUGAAGGCAAAGGUGCCGGAAGGAUGUCAUAACAGGGAGAAGGAGGCAGAUGCAAUUGUGGGCGAAGUGGAGCAGGGGGAGCCCACAGCCCGAAGCCUCAGUUAAAGUUGGGGAUUUCCGAGUCUGCUGCCAUGGUCCCAGGCCGUGCCAGUAGCCUGGUCAGCAGUCCCAUAACGAGAGCUAUGUCCAAGGGACAAGGACCAGAGAACACCAAAAGUAGAAAGGCAGAGGCCACCUAGCAGAGCCCCAUUCUCACAUCCGCUUAUUUUUAUACAUGCUUAGGGCCAUUUAUGCCCUCCAGCUUCAUCCCCAAGGCCACCGUGGUCACGCUUCACGUUGCUCACAGUUUGAGUUCUCAUCCAUUUGUCUCCACUGCUCAUUGCUGUCUCAUCCCCCCUCCAAUACCCACUGCCCACCGUUCUGUCCCCCUCAGGAUUCCGGAGAAUGCUCUUGACUCCGGUCUCUGGGAAACAGCUGGUCGCCAGGGAGUGGGGACCAUAUGCAAUAAGACCCUCACUGCCCGUGGGGCUUGGGCCGAGAGUUUCAGCUGAUGCCCCCUUGUUUCAUUUUGUUUCUGUUACAAAUUCAGGUUAAACAUUUGCAAUAAUCCGAUGCAGAAAACUCGGCUUCUCAAGCCAAGGGGAGGGGAGGGGGGCAAA